AUGUCUGGUUAUGUCACACUUGGUGGUGGCGACUUCCGUUCAACAACUAUCAGUUCCCGUAACCACACGGCCACCCCAGAUGGCUCUGUGUCCAACCCUAGCUCCAUAUCGAUUGACAAGGAUAGGAUAGCUGUCGGCCUAGUACGCGAAGGGUUUGCUAUGGAAUACAGAUUUAUCUCCUACUACAAUUACUACUAUGUUAUCCAGGGCAUGCUCAACGGUGGCUCGGCCCUGUAG